UGUAUUUCAGGGAGCAAAAGGAACGCGAGAGGUUGCAGAAGUUGGAACUAGAACGAGAGAGGAAACAAAAGGAAGAAGAGGAACGGAGGAAAAAAGAAGAAAUAAAAAGAAAGAAGGCGGAACAAGAAAGAAUUGAAAAAGAAAAGGCUGAGAAAGCCGCGAAAAUCAAGGUAAAUAAAUUGUUCAUUUUUGUUGCCAAUGCCUGACUGCCUCGAACCCGGGCGCUGAAUAAUGCCGCAUCAUGAUUUUUCUAAUAAUAUUUAUUUUGAUACUUUUGUUUGUUUUGAUACUUUUGUUUCGAUCCGUAAGCCCGGAUCUUCAUCAGUGCCAAUAAUAUGAAAUAAAUAAAUAUUUAUUUUUUAUAUAGGCUGCCCAACAAGCGGCAAAAGGUUAGUACAUUGGCUACGUUUUAGAUUUCGUAUUUCUUGCAAGACCGGAUUUGGUGGAAAUAGUGGGGGAGGUGGCAAAAAUUUUAGGGGAGGUGCAGCGGUCUAGCUCAUGACCCCCAUGGAAAGUUAGGGCUUAGAACGGGCCAAAGUCAACGACGUGACGUAUGCAUGUAGUGUACAUAUGUAUCAGUGUAUUAAUGAAUUAUGACUGUCAACUCAUCCAAUUUUGCCCUUCAUUACAGUUACUAUACAAAGUUUCUUUCGAAACAUAAAACAUUGCAUUAAAAGGGUGCUUGACACAGAAAUGAAUGGCUAUCACUGUUUCAAUUUUACAGAAAAAACGUUCUUACGAAGUGUAAACCCUAAGUCAAAUUUUCUCUUUGAUCUAUCAUUGAAACUUUCCCAAGGGGAGGAACAUGACUUUUCAGGGGAGCUGCACAAAUUCUCAGGAGAGGUGCAAAACGAUCUCAGUGCGCACCUCCCCUCAAAAUCCGACCAUGAUUUCUUGACUAUGGUGGCUUCUGUGGCACAGUCAUCAGAGCAUGCGCCUUCUCACCUCUGAGUUCGUGGGUUCGAUUCUCACAACAGACUCAUGUGAAAAGAGUCUGUCAACGCUCUGCCGAAAGUCGUGGGUUUUCUCGGGGUGCUCUGGUUUCCUUCCACAGGGAAAGUUGUCAGGGUGGGUUAGGAUGAAAACAGUUAAGAAAAUAAUAUCACAAUUGUUGUGCGAUAAAACGACUACCUUCACAAACUCCUUGACGUUUGGGAUGUACAGUAAUUAUUAAUUCUGUCUUACUUUCUGUAAUUUUUAGAAAAAGAGGAGCAGGCGAAGAAUAGUAAUAAGAAUCAGGUAUGUGUCUAAUUAAAAUUGAGCUCCUUGGUAUCAACAACACAUGGCCCUUACAAUAUACUGGACCUCGAGGGAGAACAGUUUAGGGCCGAUAGGUAGCUCGAAGAAUAAGCGGUGGUUUUUUGGCCUCUAGAGAGAACAGCUUAGAGAGAUUAGAGAUUUUUGAUAAAGUUAUCCAAUUUGUUUUCAAUUUCCAGAGCUAUUUCUAAUUUUUCAUUUCAUCUUUUUCAAAGAAUGUGAAACGUAAUCAACCUCAGCGUAACGAUCAAACAUAUCCACGAGAAAUUCCGCCGAGGUUUCAACGACGAAUGAAACAACAGCAGCAACAACAACAGCAACAGCAACAGCAACAACAACAGACUGUGUUUCCACAACAGCCACCAAACACUUCAAGUUCUACGCCAGUACAGCCACAAGCUAGUGCGCAAACUCCACAAAGUGUACAAACUAAAGCCGUGACGAAACCUGCUCCUACGGGUAAGAUGGUUUUCACAAUAUUAUAAUCCUCUAAAUUCCUUUGCACUGUCAUAGAAAGCGGUGUUCUACAUCCAGCUAAUACAUAGAAAUGUCAUUGUACAUUUCACCUCAGCAAUAAGAUUCGAUUUCUGCAAUAUGCAGUUGGCUGAUUAUGAUCUUACCUCAGUGGCAAGUGAGAAGAAUGUCUCUAGUUUGACUCUACGAAUACUAACCGAACCGACCUGACGGCGUAGCUCAGUUCGCAGAGCAUUGGGCUAGUGUUCCAAAGGUCGUAGAUUCGAUUCCCUCCCUGGCCAGGCAUAUUUUUUAAGCUUGCCCGGUGUGGGUAUACACUCAGAGUAACAUCACAAGCGUCAUAAUCACCUGAGUACAUAGCACCAACACAGAAAAAAUCACCUCAUUGUCAUCUUGCAAUUCCACUGGAUCAACAAAAGAUCAGUAGUUAGUUCAGAUUUCUUGCUGUGAUUAUACUACGUAGACCAAUAAGAGAUGACCCUUACUUAUAUAGAGCUAUCCAGUAUAAAUAAAGUUAGUUUAGUUUAGGUUUCCUCCUGUAAUAACACUGGAUCAAUAAGAGAUGACCCUUACUCAAGUUACUGGACCUCUUGGAAGAACAGUUUAGAACUGAUAGAGCUAUCCUCUAUAAAUAAAGUUAGUUUAGUUUAGGUUUUCUCCUGUAAUAACACUGAAUCAACAAGAGAUGAUCCUUACUCGACCUCUAGAAAGAACAAUUUAGAACUGAUACAGUUAUCCAGCAUAAAUAAAGUUAGUUUAGUGUAGGUUUCCUCCUGUAGUAACACUGAAUCAAUAAGAGAGAAUCCUUACUGGACCUCUAGGGAGAACAGUUUAGAACUGAUAGAGCUAUCCUGUAUAAAUAAAGUUAGUUUGGGUUUCCUACUGUAGUAACACUGAGUCAAUAAGUGAUGAACCCCUUAUGGACCUCUAGUUUAGGUUUCCUCCUGUAGGCUGUAGCAACACUGGAUCAAUAAGAGAUGAUCCUUACUGGACAGGAAGAAAAGCACAUAUUUACUUGAAUGAUGCCUUUUCAUUUUAAUGUUUUCUGCGUUCCUUCCAGUCGGCAAGAAAAAAGACCCGCAGCGUUGGACCAAAGGUGAGUAUACAGGGAUAAUUGAGGACGUUCAAGAUGAUUCAGGGUGGUCGAAAGCACCGCCUGCAAAAACCUCAGAGAACUGGGAGGACACCACGGACGAUUGGGGUUGUGAGGGGACAUCUUGGGAUGAAAAACCUACGGGUGAUGAGCGGGUAAUUGUGGAUAAAACUGAUCAGGACUCUUGGCCGACCGUUGGUGUAAAGACAAAUCAUGAAAUUUCUGGAAAUAUCGAUGUGGUUUCGGAGAAGGAAAACAUGUGUACAUUUGGGGAUUCUUUAGACGCGGUGAUUGAUGGGAUGGAAGCGGCCGAAGAGGCUGCUGGGACUGGAUUAUCAAAUUCUGGGAAAUGGAAUCAGGAAAGUUCUGGGAAAGAUAAUAACAAUGGGAGUUCUAGUAAUUUGUCACAAGAUUUUGAUAAAGGCCAGACAUGGUCAAAAACUCCGGGCAAGGAUGUCAAGGUAACAAAAGGUAAUACAGAAAACAGUUCCGAGAGUUUGUCAAACUCUUGGGAGGAAUCUGCUUCCGGUUGGAAAGAAGGUACUUCCGGCUGGAACGAAGGUACUUCCGGUGGUUUGAAACAAACUGCUUCCGUUUUGAAACAAACUGCUUCCGUGUUGAAACAAACAGCUCCCGUGUUGAAACAAAAUACUUCCGGUUGGCAAGAACAGCCGGAAGUCAGUGACAAGUGGAAGGCUGUUGGAAAUCCCGGAAGUGGAAAUAAAACUGAGCCCGCGCCGAAUGAGGAAACUGGCUGGGGCGAGAAUUCUGCAAACAAACGGAACAGCGGUAAUAAUUGGGGCGGCUCAUGGUCUGCGCAGGGACUGAGCUUGACUGGAACGGAGAUUUGGGAUCAAAGUAGCGCAGACGCAACUGGCGACAAGGGUAGUGACUGGACUUCAGAGGACUCUAGGGGUAAUACAGAUACAGGAUGGGAUUCUGCAGGUGGUGGUGAUGAUAGUGAUUGGAACAGCUGGUCCACAGCAGGACCAAAACGAAAUAAGGUAAGAGCUACAGUAAAAACUAGGCUGGAUGAUGACUUUACAUCUCUCACUUCGGAGGCUUAAAGGGUAUGAGCAACAAAAAUUUCUUGCAAUAAAAGUUUCUUUUAUCUGAAAGAGCUUGUGAAAUGGUAAUGGACAUAUAUUACAAAUCUUUUAUAUCUUUUUUCGUUAUUGAAAUAUUUCAAUGUGUUUGAUAUGCAAAUUAUGACGUCACAAGUUGGGUACAAAAUUUUAAAACAUUCAAAUAUCAGCUACAUUCUGCAAAUUGUUUCUAAUACUUACUUGGCAUUGUGCAUAUAUGACAACUCUUCAUGACACUAACGUGGCGUGUUGAGAAAUCAACUGGAUUUAUCUGAUAUUUUAAUGUUUUAAAAUUCUGUACCCAGCUUGUGACGUCAUAAUUUGCAUAUCAAACACAUUGAAAUAUCUCAGAAACGAAGAAAGAUACGAAAGAUUUGUACUGUAAUAUAUGCUCCAUUGCCAUUUGACGAGUUCUUUCAUAUAUACUCUGGAUCUAGUAUGGAUAUACUAUGGAUUUAGGCCCCAGUUACACGAUACCGGAUUCGCAUCGAAGCGACAUCAAAUUUUACAGUUUCAAGAGGAGUUUAGCACUCACAAUUAUAAUUUUUUAAAAAGUUCAAAUAUGAAAAGUUGAUUUCACUAUUUUUCCAGUGAUGAUUUGAUUUAACUUGGAAUUUACCGUAGUCUCGCCAAUUAUGUCCAAGAUGUAGUUUGUCUGAACAGUUUGUAUUAUGUUGACAAUAUCUAAGACGUAUAAACUGGCGAUGCCUUUAAAGCUUUCGUGGAUGAAAUGUCUCCAGUAUAAAGCGGAGCAAUUUAGUGAUGAUUUUCUAUCGCUUUUUAGGCCCCCAAAUCCAACCAAGGAAAUGACGAGAACGCCUGGCUAAGACGUUCUCUCAAACAGCUUGUUGAUAUGGGUUUUAAGGUAAGCUACUUUAAUCGUCAUUUGCUGUAUAUAUUUAUGAUAUGCAAAUUGCUAAAUUGUAUAUUACACUUAGUUUGAAGUAAACAUUGAUGUAAACCUGUUUCUGCAUCUUGUCUCGAAAAGUUGUUAUAUCUUUUAGGAGGGUGACGGAGAAAAGGCGUUGAAAUCCAACAACAUGAGUUUAGAGGCAGCUAUAAGUAAGUAUUCCUAAACUAAACUAAACUAAACUAAACUAAACUAAACUAAACUAAAUGUAUUCAUACUGGAUAAACUGUUCUUCCUAGAGGUCCAGUAAGAAUCAUCUCUUGUUGAUCCAGUGUUACUACAGAAGGAAACCUAAACUAAUCUAACUUUAUUUAUACUGGAUAGCUCCAUCAGUUCUAAGCUGUUCUUCCUAGACCUAGAGUCCUGUAACGGUUCUCCCGGACUUCUAGGGAGAGCAAUUUAGAACUGAUAGAGGCGAAAUUCGACACGUGCAUACUGCAGGAAAGAAACGUCGUUCACGGAGGUGACGUGGGGCUGAUCGCUGCACCACAACUCCGUUUAGGUUAAACCACUCUUUUUCCCUUCUAGGUCAAUUGCUUGGGGGUCAAGGCACUCCACCUGCGAACCACUCUCCCCUGGGAACUACUUUACCAUCGGAACUCAACUCCGAGGCUACUAUACAAACAGACGAACAAGAUGUCUUAAAAUUGAACAGAAAGCAACGACGCCGACUAAUGCAACAGAAUUUAGACCCUGAAAUGCAAAAUUCGGAACCGGUUACGGAAACCGCUGGUGUAAUGGUAAACAUGCCUGUAAGUUCGGCGGCAGUUUCGGAAGCUAAUCGGGUGCCGAUCUCUUCCGAACGCCCUGUGGAGUAUGGAAAUGAGUCAAGUCAAAAUGAACAACCUGAUGCUCAUUUAGAAAGGAGGACCUCAAGUGGAAACACAGUAAAUGUGACUGCGACCAUGCCCGGAAGUGGUUCAGUUGCCGGGAGUGCGCAAGUUUCCGGAAGUGGUAGCACAGCGACUUCCGGUUCGAUACCAAACUCCGGCCCCGUCCAUGCACCUUUGCCUGCGGCUUAUCAGCAACAGUUACUUCAACAGCAACAAGCUCAGCUGCAGCAGUUGCGACUGGCUCAAGCUACUGGACUGAUGAGAAGUCCUCUCGCUUCGCAGCCUGUCAUACUUCUCAGGCAAUUAUCUCAACUUAGACUCGUUCAACAGCAGUUGGCUAAUCAACAACAAGUGUUGCAGAAACAACCGCAAACAAACACACUACAGGCUCAGCAGGCUAAGCACUUGGCCAUGCAGCAACAACAUAUUGGAGCCAUGAUGCAACAAAUACAGCAACAACUUCUACAACAGCAACAGAUACAACAACAACAGAGCCAACAGCAGCAACAAAUGGGGUCGAACCAGUUUCCAACGCCCGCGCAACAAACAUUACUCCCAGCCCAACCACAGCAAUUGCAACAGUUGUUGCUACAGCAACGUAAACAACAACAACAACAACAACAACAAAUUCCGCAGGCAAGUAAACAAACUUCACUUCAGCCGCCACAGAGGCCUACAGAACCCGAGACGAAUUCCGGACACAUGGAAGAAAGUUCUGCUAAUGACGUUCAAUCUAUUUCACCAAGAACAAGUAUUGCAAAAGAGCCAACAUCUUUAGCACAAGUUGUAAACUCUGCACCGGCUUCUCCUAGUACUGGUAAAUCACGCUUGGGACAAUGGACACAGAAUUCUAUACAAACAGAACGGCUCUCUCCCAAAGCGCCUGAAAAUGGUGGGAGAGAUCGACAUUUACGGGCAUCACCUCAACCUGACGAGAAACCCAAUUCGCUUCUCAUAACUAGAUCAACAAAUUCUCCAAAUUCAAUUCAAACGACAUCUAUUUCGGCUCCAAUCCACCGCGUUUUGGACCCAGUCUCCAGUAAAUGGGGAAUAGACGCGGCUCCGAAGCUUUCGGCCGAACCGGCCGAAUUCAAACCCGGUGUGCCGUGGCGGCCGUACCAACCGAAGACAAGUACGGACAUUCUGCAGUCAGACCCCUCCGUCAGUACAGCUAAGAUGGGGUCCCAGGAAUGGCCUGGAAACUCGAUAGGUAGUCAAACAGUAUCGUCAAGUUUCAUCCACUCAAAUACGAACAGUAAAACUCAGGUAGCCGGAAUUAAAACUGUUCCGAAUUCUCAAAAUUAUUCUCAGAAUAAUUCGUCUGCUAUAUGGCACACACCGAUAACACCGAUAUCUCGACAGACCAGUGUACCAAGACCUACCCCCCUGACUUCGAACAUUAGACCACCCCCCGGACUUGGGGAUGAGAAUAGCUUCCUAAAUCUCCCGGAUGUGCAUAGCCAAUCGGGUAACUCAAAUUGGAACGCCCACAGUGAGCCUCAGAUGACCAGCGGUUCUCAUUUUGGUAUUAGGGCACCAGGCUUUCAACCGUGGCCGACUGAACGACGUGACGCGGGAUGGCCUGGUACUAGUGGCCAACCGCUGGACACUUUGCCUUCAGUACCUCGCGCGAAUGAGCUUCGUAACUUGGCUAUGUUGGGAGAUUCGAAUGGAAAUGGUGCGGGCAUGCGGGUUAAGCCUGAAAUGUCGGGUCAGCAGUCUUUGUAUCAUGCUUUGUCGACGUGGUUGGUCAUUAGGAAUAUAAAUCCGAGGGUAAGUCAUCACAGCUAUAGAGUCUUAUAGACCAAUUGCACUGACGCCACAAAUCCUUAGAGUGUCCUCCAGAUGCUCCCUAACAAUAUCUGUUCGGGUACAACAACCACAUACAGCACAAAAAUUAACCAUUUUAAUACAAAAUUAUUAUAAAGUUUUACAAAAUUUAUAUUGUGCGUAGAUUUUGCUAAUUUGUCCUCCAGAUGCAUCGUCACCGGCGCUGUGACGUCAUGUGCAAUGGGUCUAUACUACUACUUGCAAUCUAAACUAAACCUCGCAAGUUCUAAACUGUUUUCCCUAGACGUCCAGAUACGGACUAAUAUCAGUGGCGUAGCUAGGCAUUUCAACUGGUCAUGCUAUGCUAAUAAACCUGCACUAAAAUAGUUUUAAGACAAUAGAUUUCUACAGGGUGUCUCAAAACAAAAGUAUACCCUUUGAAAUCAAGCCUUUGUUGGAAUUUGAAUGCCUUAUUACUGUACUUAAACACAAUUGAAUCGAAUUUUAUGCAUGCAUGUACCUUGAGUUAUUAUUCCUUUGAGCGUAUAAUUUAACACAAUAAAAACUCUUUGCUCUGUGCUCAGUUCAACCAUUUUUGCUCGAGCUGACGGUGUGACUGAUCAGUAAUUUGACCAUUUAACAUUAGAGGCUAUUUUAAAUUCCCAGGAGUAGACAAUUUUGUACCUAACAAGAAUAGAGUUGUUUACCCUGUUUUUGACGUUUCCCUGGCUUCAGCAUAAUGCUCAGGCCUUCAAAUUAGGAAGAGGUUAUUUCGCUGGCCUCAAAGUGACAAAACGUAACAAAGCAGCGGUUUUACUAACACUAACCCUAUUCCGAACACCAACUCUAACCAUAAUCCAACCCUAACCUAGCCCUACUCCAAGUUUGUUUUUAAACCAAUCCUGAAGAAAAAAAUUUUGACGAAAUGUCAUUCUGAGGUCAGCGAAAUAACUUCUUCCUUCAAAUUAUUACAAUAGGACAAUUUCAAUGGGUACACUUUUUUGAGACACCCUGUAUAGGUUUUAAUAACACAAAUAUUUAAAAAUUUGCAUAGCAUGACCAGUUGCUAUGGUUUGCUUCGCCGCUGACUAAAGGUUGGUUUACACUAUCAAAGUUUCUGUGAUCACAGUAGGAAUUUUGCAUACACUGUAAAUUUCAAGUUUUGAAGGAUUUGUAAGAAAUGUUCGAGGAGACUGACUCAGUGACAAACACCAAGUCAGUUCCAGUAAACAUUUCUUGAAAAUCCUUCAAAAUUUAGAAAUCUUAGAAUUUACCGAAGCAAAAUUCCUAUCAUGAUCACAGAAACUUUGAUAGUGCAGCCAUAAAGAACAUUGGCAAUAAAAAUAGUUUAGUUCAGUUGAAAAAACUCGUAAAACUAUAUAUUAAACUCUAUUACAGAUUGUUUAUAUCUUGCUUAGUUUUCAAAAUAUUUCGACUGAAAAAAGUGAGCUGUUCGCCAUCUUGGAUUAUUGAGGAUAUGCAUGUUACGUCAAGAGAGGGGUCACGCUAAUUUUUUAUCUUGAGCGUAAGCUAUCAAUAUGGGUCCAAAACCUUUUUUCUGGUUACUUUUUGAACUUUAGAAAUUAUUAAAAACAUUUCAAACAAUUUUGGAUUGUUACUCGGUCAUUGUAGAGUAUAGUUUUAUAUGGUUAACCCAACUCCAGACGUCAUCAAAACCAUAGUUAAUGAGGUCAAGAAUUAGUCCAAGAUGGCGGACAGCUCACUUAUCUAAAUAUUUCGAGAACUAAGCAAGAUAUGACAAAUCGGUAAUAGAGGAACGAACCAGGUUUCAUGGAGCCACUGGGAUGCCAGGAAAUAGUAUUUGGUACAACAAUAUUUAUUUGUAAUAAUAACCCAAAACACACUGAUCCAUUGAAUAACACCAAACAUUUCUAUCCCUUCAAGGUUGACUCCACAGUUCUGCGCUCUCUGUGUCAACAACAUGGUCCAUUACUAACAUUUCAGUUAAAUCUUCGUUAUGGGAAUAGUCUAAUACGCUAUGGAAAUAAAGACGAGGCUGCCAAGGCGCAUGCCAGUUUGAAUGGCUUAGUUCUGGCAGGCUCUCGUUUGACUGCUGAUUUUGCUACGGAUUCAGACAUUGGAAGCUUCUUUGAACAGAAUUCUGAUUGGUCAGCUCCUCAGUCCACAACUUGGGCAAAUGCUCCAACGUCAUUGCCUAAGACUGAGCAGAGCACUCCAUGGCCCGGAUCCAAACCUUUAUUCCCACCCGCGAAUUUCUCAUCGGAGCUUUGGUCCUAUAAUCAGGCGGGCGGGUUGGCAAGUGGAGUUUGGUCGACCCCGCCAACCAGCCGACGGGACGGCGAGCACUCGACGGCAGUCACCGAGAAUGGCAUCACAAGCCCAUCCAUGGUUACGUUUUUGCCCCCAGGCCUUUUGAACAGCGGCGAGUCCACAUGAACUUCAAAUGAAUGAUAUAUCUUUUACCUUUGCUCGUUCGUGACGUCUGUUUGUUUAUGUUAUUUGUUUAUGUUAUUUGUUUAUGUAUGUAAACUAGCACUGAACAAGUGUUAUGCUAAAAUAAUGUCGUCUGUAAAAAACGAGAAACAACAUUCAUUAAAACAGAAUAUCAUAAGUAAUUUUUACCUCAUGUGCUGUGUUUGGCCCAUGGUACUCAUUGCUAUCGUGCGAAUAAGUAUGUUAGUUUGUUACUGCACGUUUGUUACCUUCCAGCCAAUCAGCGACCAGUAUUACUAUGUGAUGGCCUGUUUGCAGGCUAAAGCAUUUUAAAUCAAUAUGGCGGCUCUGAUAUAUGCCAAAUAUAUGGUUUAACCUCCUAACCAAUCAUAUUUCGUGACUGCGUGACAUGAAAAUGUAACCAACCAUUGUCAAUAGAAUUUGGUCACAAUUCUAAGAAAUAGCCGUGAAUACGAAAAAGUACUUGCUACAAUACAUCACGGCUCAAUAUGGCGUCGCUAUUUGGGAAUAGGUCCAUAAACUUAACCUACCACCACAGAAUAAGGUACACAGAAGGCCGACUUCUUGGUUUUCCUAUAAUUUUGGCGUUGGUCCUAGCCAUUGCGUGUUUGAGAGGCAUUCACCCCCCUGAUAAUAUUCAAAAUGGCGGACGCCCAGGGGGGAAUGCCUCUCAAACGCGCACUGGUCCUUAUUCUGUGCUACCACUCCAGUUACAAAUGGAGCUCAAUGGUUCGACCAUUACAUAUUUCACUACAUAAAGUAGUACCAUGUCAACACAGCUAAACCUCAGACCGUAGUUACCGCUGGCUCGCUUCCUUCCAAA